UCGUAAUUUUCACUCGUUGAAAUGCCACUUGGUAAAAACAAGUCUCUGUAUAAUCUAGUAAAACCUCUUAUUUGCAAGUUUUACUCAUGUUCUCACGCCAAUUGACAAAAAGUAGCAUGUCUCUUUAUACUCUAAAUCUAUACACCGACACUACAUACUACUGACAUUGAAUUUUGUGGUGUUUAGUCAACUUUCAAAAUUCUGAGGGAAAACUGGUGCGUCUCCGGUGUGACCACUGAUCCAAAAAAAAAAAAAAAAAAUCAUUGGCCACCAAAACUGAAAUCGCAGAAAGCAGAUAGCCGCCAUCUUGAUCCUCCCAAAACAACCAUGGCGACCUGUUUCGUGGCUGAGGAAAAAUUCCACAGAUGACUUAUCUUGGCCAGCGUUGCAUUGAUGCCACUGUGAACUCCGAAAGCCUCGCCGUGGUAGCGGCGAAUGAUGUCGAGGACUUCCUCUUCAUUUGUGACAGGAGAUGGCAUUGCGUGGGCUUCAAGCCGCCCUGCUGCCGGUGCUGUCUUUUAAGUUUGUCUCAUUAAACACCCUCUCAGAUAAGCUCUUCCAACCGGAAAAACACGGCGGUCUCAUAUUUACAAGCCCGAGAGCGGUGGAAGCGGCGAAGAUGUGCUUGGAGGGCAGAAGAGAAGAAUGGGAACGCUCAGCGAAAGCCAAGUGGGACGCAAAGUCCGUUUAUGUGGUGGGCAAAGCGACGGCCGCCUUAGUUCGCCACCUUGGCUUGGAUCCCCUCGGCGAGGAUGCCGGGACGGCGGAGGUCCUGUCUCGUGUCAUCAUUGAACGAGAGGACACCAGCAUCCCCCCACUUUUCUUCCCCUGCGGCUCCAUCAAAAGAGAAGUCCUGCCUACAGCUUUGAGGGAGAGCGGUGUUCCCCUCGAGACGUUGACCGUCUAUCAAACGUCGGCACAUCCUGAUGUGGAGAAAAACCUCGACAACUAUUUUGCAGCGCAGGGCUGCCCGGCUAGCGUGGCUUUCUUCAGCCCGUCUGGAGUCAACUUCUGCCUGCAGACCUUGCGCCGGCUGGCCGGCGAGCAGCUAGCGCAAAUAAAGGUAAACGUGGCUUUUGACCGACAUGCAGAAUUUCAACCGUCAGUCCCCGACAGUCAAAUUCCAAUAACUGACAAACCCCGUCUUGUGCAGUUUGCCGCCAUCGGGCCCACCACGCGAGACGCCAUGCAGGCCGCGGGUCUGAGCGUCAGCUGCACCGCCGAGAAACCGACGGCGGAGCACCUUGCGGAGGCUGUUAGCAAAGCGCUAAAAUGACACCCCCCCCACCCCCCAAAUCUUAAUCAAUCAGCUGUGUCAACUGGACACUAUAUUAGGUACACCACCGUGACCACCUACGAGUUUCGAUUGGACACAAACAUGACGGCGGUAAAAAUUUCUUUACUUGCCUUUGCAAACAUAUUUACAAUUUACAGCUUCUCCCAUUUGCAGAUUAUUUCUUUGGAGCCUUCCCACCCCGAGGAACCACAUUGGAGUCAUUUGAGUAGCUUCAUGUAGUGCUUUGGCGGCAUCUUGUGGCCAUUCCAGUAAACCCCCUCGUAUUUGAGAAUUUUAUUGAAACUUUUGCCCUGCGAUUGGCUGGCAACCAGUUCAGGGUGUACCCCGCCUCCUCCCCGUUGACAGGCGGGAUAGGCUCAAGCACUCCCUGCGACUCUCGUGAGGAUAAGCGGCUAAGAAAAUGGAUGGAUGGAUUUUGGGUUUUAUCUUAUUGAGGUACCUUUCUGUCGUCGUUCACUGCUUUUGUGCUGAGGCGAAAGCCCUGUCCAAUAUAAAUGUAUUGCUUUGGCCCCAUUUUAGCGCUAAGAAGCUAUGUUCAAGUAAGUUGAGGAACUUCACGUAGUGCUUUGCCAUCGUUUGGUUGCCUCUAUAAACAAUCAUAAACCUUAAGUAACAUUUACCUCCAGCGGUGUUUUUUUUUUUGUUUUUUUUUUUUGUCUCCCCAAAAAUUUGUAGAUAUUUGCAAAUUUGUUAAGUCGAUGAUCCAAAAUGGCGAUUGAGUCAGGACAAUUUCCUGUUUUUUGUCUAGGUCAGACACUAAAAUAUGAAUUUACGUUCUCCACCCUGCUGGUGUACCUAACAAAGUGUUCAGUGUGUACAUUUCAAAUCUUGGCAGUUUUGUAUGUAAAUUCUAUUUAUUUUUACUGCAUCAUAAAGCCAUGUCCCGUAAACGUA